CAGCCUGGACUCACCAGUCACCACCCCCUCAUUCUCCUCCUUUCCCCAUUUAACCGACUGCGCAUCGCCUUGAUGACAGUGAUUGAUCCAAACGGGCGACUUCACUUCAUCUCGUUGGUCGAUCGGAAUCUGUCGGCUCUUUUGACCAUGCAUCUUCCCAGCCCGCAGACAAACAUGAUGCGUCCCCAUCGCGGAGUGUCGCCUGACUUGACCUCCAUGUCGUCACCCUCGCACGCACGCCCCUUGAGAUGACUGGCUAAUAUCCGUUGUGUUUCUUCGUAUUUCAGUCACAGCUCACUCACUUGUCAAACCGAUCCUCUGGUCCUUCAAACUUCACGCUUGCAUGCUCCAUCUGCUCCCGAACGCAAGCAUGACGACCUUUACGUUCAACGAUGCAGUCCAGGCUGCGAAGACGUCCCCGUCCGACAUUGAUGCCAUCACACGAAAGCUCUUCGCAUCGCUUACCACAGACGAGAAGCUCGAGCUGCUCGAUGGCGACGAUGACUACUGGCCAGGCUUGCACAACAUGCUCACAGAUGGCUACAAUCGACGCCCAAUCGUCCAUGGCGCCGUUGAUCGUCUGGCAAUCCCCGGCAUUAGAUUCGCGGAUGGCCCCCGAGGCUGCGUUGUCGGCGAAUCAACAGCGUUUCCCGUGCCCAUGGCUCGCGGCGCGACCUGGGACGUCGACCUGGAAGAGAGGAUUGGCGUGGCCAUCGGCAAGGAGGGUCGCGCCCAGGGCGCCAACUUCUUUGGCGGCGUAUGCGUUAACCUGCCCCGACACCCGGCUUGGGGCAGAAUCCAGGAAACAUAUUCAGAGAACCCCAUCCUCCUCGGUGAAUUCGGUGCCGCACUGACCCGCGGCGUCCAGCAGAAUAUGAUGGCGUGCGUCAAGCACUACGCACUCAACUCUAUGGAGAACGCGCGCUUCCAGGUCGACGUGGACAUUGACCUCGACGUGCUGCACGAGGUAUACCUGCCGCACUUUCGUCGCAUCAUCGAGGAGGGCGUGGCUUCAGUCAUGAGCUCAUACAACAGCGUCCGCGGGGAGUGGGCGGGACAGAAUAAGGAGCUUCUGCUCGACAUCCUCAGAGACCAGUGGGGGUUCAAGGGCUAUGUCAUCUCUGAUUUUCUGUUUGGCCAACGCGACGGGCCCCUGUCUCUCAAGAAUGGACUGGAUAUCGAAGCGCCCUUUCGGAAUAUGCGCGGACGAACUUUGCCACAGGCACUCAAGGAGGGAACUGUGAGCGAGGCAGAUGUUAAGCGUGCAGGACUUGUCAUCCUGAGAGGGCAGCUUGAGCAUGCCCUGCGCCGAGAGGAUAAGGAGCCUGACGCCAAGGACGUUGUGUUCUGCGACGAGCACAGAGAGCUCGCCAAGGAAGCAGCCGAGAAAUCAAUGGUCCUGUUGAAGAACGACAAGGUCAACGGCGAGCCCCUUUUACCUCUGAGGAACGUCUCGAAAGUCGCUGUCAUUGGUCGCCUGGCCAACUCCCAGAACACUGGUGACAGGGGCUCCUCAGCGGUACGCUGCCCAAAGGUGGUUUCGCCGUACGAAGGACUCAGGGAUCGUCUGACGGGUACUGAGGUCGUACUGGAUGACUCUGCGGAGAUCGAGUCAUCUCGCAACGCGGCGUCAGGUGCCGAUGUUGCCGUUGUCAUUGUUGGCUACGACUGGCGUCAGGAAGGCGAGCACUGCGUUCCGGCAUUCAACGCCAACACUGGUCUGAAGGAUGUCCUGCCGCCCCUCGACGGCACUGAAGUAGCCCAAUUCACGCACCGGCUUCUUGUGGAUGAAGUGGCUCCCGAGUCACUCCUCGAGGGCGAUGACAACUACGGUCUCGGCGCUGGAGGCGAUCGAUCCAGUUUAAGACUGAACGAGAGGGACGUGGAGAUUAUUCGUGAAGUAACAAAGGCGAAUCCAUGGACCGUCGUUGCCAUCGUCGCAGCUGGUGCCGUCAUCAUGUCUGACUGGGACCACCUGCCGCCUGCUAUCCUGUACAGCUGGUACUCUGGCUGUGAAGGAGGCCACGCGCUCGCCGAUAUUCUCCUGGGCAGAGCCAAUCCUUCCGGGCACCUCCCAUUUUCCAUCCCCCGAGAUGAGAAGUAUUUGCCAUUCUUCGACAAGGAUGCCACAAAGAUUACGUACGACCGCUGGUUUGGGCAGCACCUCCUUGAUCGCCAGGCUGUCAACGCAGCCUAUCCCCUAGGGUUUGGACUGUCGUACACGGAAUUCGCAGUCUCUGGCCUGGAAGUGAGUAAGAGCGAAACCGAUCCAGAUAGUCUGGACGUCAAGGUUGCGGUGAGGAACACGGGCCAGGUGGCAGGACGAUACAUCGCUCAAGUGUACGGCGCCGCCAACGUACCCGAUCGUCCUAGACGCGUGCUCCUUGGCUUCAAGCCGAUCGAACUCGAGGCUAGGGCAGAAGCAGCCAUCGAGAUCACUGCGUCAACGCGACCUUUGCAAAAGUGGGAUGACGGUACUUGGUCGCUGUGGACGCGCCACGUUGAAAUUGAGGUCGGAAAUUACUCGGGCUCGGAGGCCAGCGUCAAGAAGAGAAUACAGCUGUGAUAGUCUGUACCAACAUUGAUAGCUUACGCAUGGCUGUUUGGCCGCUUCCAGUGUUUGAGGCUGAAGCUCAGUACCUGGGUCCUGCAUGUCCAGGGUCGCAUUCAUUCCGCAUGGGGUAGUUGUUGGUGCAUGUAGAACAGUAGAAGAGGGGGCGCCAAGCUCUGCCUCGGCUUGCAACCUCUACCUGACAAUGACGGGCUUCACAUUUACU